AUGAGGCAAUUCAAGGUGACAAUAUUUGCCAAAUACCUUCCAGUGCGACUCAGAAGAGAAUCCAGUAGAGAUGGAAGCCUUCAUGUAGGAAUCACCACCAUUAUUCUCUGGUUGUUCAUUGCAUCGAUUGUUCUGUUUCUUGGGGCUUUCUUACGGACCCAUGUAACAGAGUUCUUGUCUUCCUCUUCUUCAAUGGAAGAAGUACUUCCUGCUAUUUUCUUCACUCCAACACCCAAUUGUGCUUCCAGCACCAUGAAAACUUCUUCGGUUUCUCCAUCAGCAGAUCAAGUAUGGCAUUCAAUGAAUGACGAGGAGUUACUGUGGUGGGCAUCGAUGGAGCCACGCAUCUCGCAGUAUCCUUAUAAUCGCACCCCAAAACUGGCAUUCAUAUUUCACGCCUCCCCAUUCAUCAUCUGUCUUUUACAAUCGCAUGAUCCCAAGCAAGCCAGUGCAAUGGAGAACAGCAACAAUGGUGGAUGCAGAAAGUCGAUAACUUGCCAAUGCACUUCUGGACUGAGCUUCCUGGGCUCGAUCGAUGACCCUCGCCCUAUGGGCAGGGGACGAUACAACAAAAGAAUGGAGCCAGAGCUGACACUGGCUGACUGGCACAAAGGUUCUCAAUGGUUUGAAGUCCAUCGUAGUGUCGCAGUUCAGAUGGUCUCUGACAUAAAGUACUACCCUAUUCUCACACAACAUUGUAAGCCCCCACCGUGUUACAUGGAUGAGCAUUACUUCCCGACGCUUGUGACCAAGAUCUUGCCGGAGCUAAACACGAACCACAGCAUCACAUGGGUUGAUUGGUCCCGAGCCGGCUCUCAUCCCACCAUGUUUGUUAGGAAGCAUGUGAGUGAAGGAUUCUUAAUGAAGAUAAGGAACAUGACCAAUUGUGGGUUUACACAUCCGACUAGGAGCACCAUUUGUUUUCUCUUUGCUAGAAAGUUUCACCCAAGUACCUUAGAGUCUUUGUUGAGAAUAGCUCCAUCUUUGUUUGGUUUCACCGAUACUAGUUAA